CUUAUAGGGGAUGGAACUUUUGUUAUUAUUUAUUUACAAAUAGAGCGUUGUUCUAUUAAAUGAAUUUUCAGUUCUGUUAAACAUAGCUUGGUUGAUAUGACUGUUACAAAAUAAAUACAUUUUAAAUUUAUUAACGUAUAAAAAAAGUUUAAUGGUCUAGUUAACCGAGUGAAAGUUAUUGUAAGAGGAAAACACUCUGUGCAACAAAUUAUUUACAUUACACCGCUCUCACAGGACUCGCACACUCUUUUGCUGUUUCAAGUAUACAGACAUUACUCCAACGCACAGUUACAAGUUCCUUUCUGUGUCGUGCGGCAGUACGACUUAUUUUUUACUGCUAUUACUUUUUCUAUAAAGGCAAAGUUUUCUAACAGUCGAAAUGUUUGGUUUCUGCGUUGGCAUUUGCAAAUAUGAGGCACCCCCACCCGACACCAUACUAUCGAUGCCACCACCACCCUUACCGUCAUUUUUGUUGCCGAAUAUUGCCACUGCAGCAGCGCUUGUGUCAACUAACGACACCAAUCCAUGCUAUGCGCCCUCACUGUGUAACCCCCAUCCAAAUCCCAACGAAGGCGAAGGCAUUGAAUUCGUCGAAUUAACUGGCACCGAUUCGAAGGUAUUGGAAAACACUUGGGUUUUAGGCCUCAUAUCGUGUUCGGUCGGUGUAAUUAUUUUAGGUGGACUCUUUGCGUUCAUAGUGUUGAAGUGCAGAAAAACGCUGUUCUCCAGCUGUAAUCUAUCUUAUCACGAUUCGAAUAUUAAACAGAGUGGCAUGAAAUCGUUGGGUGAAUCUUCAAAUAAAGCAAAGCCCUUUACGGCUGGUGGCAUUCUGUACCCCGUUGCUACAACCAAUAAUCGUGACACUUUGCAAUCGCAAUUAGCUAAUGACAGUCGCCUGCUUUGGGCCACAUUAACUCCGCAUGGCACAAGGCACUUCAUUUCGGACUAUCCAGUGGGUAACGGUAAUGGAACUGUUGUGCAAGAUGGUCACUAUGAGAUUGUAGACUAUCGCUCUAAAGUGCAGAAUCCCACAUAUCGUGAAUAUACAAAACGUGUGCCAAUAAAGUCCUUCGACAACAGUGGCUUCGUCGACUAUGACUAUGAAGAUCCCACACCACUUAUGGAUUCCUAUCAUGACGAUUUGGAUUCUGGCUAUCAGGAGCCACAAGAAGUGCUACACACUCUACAACGUGUCUCACCACGUCCUGUAGUGUCAUCACCAACACGUAUUGACAAUCCGAAUAUGGCACCGCUCAACUACUAUCCAUCACACCGUUCCAAUCAUCACUUAAAUACCAAUACACUACAAUCGAAUCACUCAGCAGCCACUUUAAAUCGCAAAGCAACAAUGACACGUCGUAUAAGUGAUGCUUCAAUCUAUGGACCAGCUGCCGGCGCCACACAGUGAAGUGUAAACAGUGAAAUUAUAUAAGUUGUGUAGUGAACCGCACUCCAGUACAGUUAGUACAGUGUGGAAAAAAAGUGUUGAAAUUAUAAAAUCGUGGCUUCUGUUAAUAAAAGCAAAAUAACAUAAAGGAAAUGUUAAAUUUGUAUCGUUAUACAACAACAAACACGUACAACGAAGCGCGAAUUUGAAUUUGAGUUAGAAAAUGGGUCACAAAGGUACUAUAUUGAGAUGAAAUAGAUUUUGGGUAUGAAAUCUAUUUAUUAUCAAAUGGUGUUUUUUAAUAACAAAUCAAACCAAAAUAAUUGAUAUUAAAGCAAAUCAAAAUAUCAAAGCAUUUCGAUAUCAUUAAUAUGAUAACUAGUUUCGUACUUGUAUAGCGCAUUAUAUAAACAGUUAUAAUUAUAUGUCAGCAUAUGUACACAAUACAUUUAUCAUAUGAAAGCAAUACUGUCGUAAAAAAUUACUAAACUUGCAUUACUCAUUGUAAUAUUGCAUUUAGAAAACUAAAUUACUUUUCCUAUAAGAAAUACUAAUGGAAUAUUCAUAAAAAAUGUGAAAAAGUCUAACAUUUCAGAAAAAUCAGACAAAUACACAACCGCAAUACUUGAAUUGAAUUACAUAUACUAUAUAUAAUACGCAAAUUCAUGGAAAAAAUAAAUUAUUAUAAUAAAAAAUAAGCUUACGCUUUAUAAUACAUAGAAAAUAAGCAGUUAUGAACCAUUUAAGUAAAUAAACGCUUGACGCAUAUUAUAUCUAAGGAAAUUAAUAUAAAAACAAAUAAUAAUAUUUUAAAAUUAGUUAAGCAAAUGCAUUCUAUGUUUAACAAUAUAGUUAAAUGAAAAUAUAACUACAAUAAACCAUAAUGCAUUCGUGCUACAUCAUACUACUAAUAGUAUUUACAUAAAAAAAUUAAAAAAGUAGAAUAAGUCACUGAAAAAAUUUUAAUUUCAAUGGGGAUAUUGAAUAAUUACAUACCUUAAGAGUAAUAUCAUUAUGCGUAUGUAAGAAUUUCAUAAAAUUAUAAAAUGACGGCUUUCAACUGAUCUCUUAACUCGUAAGAAUAAGAAAAUUAAAAAAAUUAUAAAA